CUGAUAAAGCUAUCAUUCAAUUCUUUAUUUAACCCUUUUGGUUUACUAGAAACACUUUCAGUUUCCAAAUUGUGCUCAUGUAAGGGAGAAGGCUCACCACCUCUGGAUGUAUCUGACAGUGUCUGAAAAGGCUUUGACUGUUCACAUUAGACUGUUUCAAUUAUGCUUCAUCCUUACCCCAGUUUCCACAAAGCAGUACUUUGCAAAGCUGUCUGUACAGGAGGGAAUUUCACCUUUAGGGAUUAAUUAUAAAGAGGUUUUGGUGAUGAACAGUUUUACAACAUGUCAAUAAGAUAGUUAAAUCUCUCCAAUAUGUGUUCAAGGAAAUUAAUUUAGACUGUCAGAUCGUGAUAGGGAUCUAGUGCCAAACCAUAAGCUACUUUGACUACAUUAGUAUAUGGCAGAUGAAAUGUAUAAUGAUAAUUCCUGUAGCUUUAAACUAAGUUAGCUGCCUCACUGAUCCCUUACAAAUUAGGUAAGGCAAUAAGCUAAACUGAACUAAAUCAAAAUUAUCCCUUGCUGCCUCUGACAUCAGUCAGUCUUGCAGUUUCCUUGUUUAGAAAAGCAGGAUCAAGUCCAUACAAGCAGUAAUCUUUUGGCUAGGAAGUCGUUUUAGCAGAGAAGGAAAAGCAAUUAAUUUAAAAAUAACACCCCUGAUGGUUUGACUAAGCAGGACCUCUUGGUUGUCUGGUUAGUUUUAGAUUUGGAAGAAUAAAAUAUCUCAAAGGGAGGGAGUUGUUCAAAACCCAGUCUCUCUGUCUGCGUGGAGGCAGUAUUUUCAGAAGGCCAUGCAAUAGAAAAUCCAGGCAGCUAGAAAAAAUCAGUUUAGAAUUCUUUCCUCUUUCUUCCUCCUUCCUGAAACCUGCCCACCAACUUUCUGAUCAUGUUUACUUCUUUUUUUUUUUUUUCUUUAAUGCCCAAAAAAGUCUCUCAAAGAGGAAAAUCUUGCUAUUACAACAAAAAACAUGUUAGAUGAACAAAACAAGGGGUGUCUUCUCAGCUCCUUGUUUAAUCAUGGCCAUCUCAAAAAAGAAUCAUCAGAUGCAAGAUGUUUGUGUCCCCGUGAAAUCAUGAUCAAAACUGUGAUCACCUGAGCAAUUCCAUUAAAUGAAUAUUUUUUUUAGUUGCUGGAUUCAUUAAGGUAAAUUAGCUGUUCUACACAAGUGAUGAAGUUUACUUCUAUGAAAACUGAUCAUUCAUAUGGUCUGGUUUUUGGGCAGUUCUGUGCGUAGCCAGGCAUUGGAUCUGAUGAUCCUUACUGAUCCUUCUAAGUCAAGAUAUUCUAUGGUUCUAUUUAAAAAAUGUAUAGGAAAAAAAAAAAAAAGAAAAAGAAAAAGAAAAAAGAUGUAACUUGUCAUCUGUUACAUAGGCUUUGUUCAUUCCUAUGAAAGCAGAGCCACUCCUGGCUGCAGUCUGCAGACAAUCCCUCAGAACGUCUUUCACCCCCUAAAACACCUCCAAGGAUUUCUGAAGGAAACAUCCACAAAGCUUUGCACAAGAAGCAAAAGCACAACAGAUUUUUAAAGCCCAUCUUGUAGCCAAAUAAAUAAAUGAAUUUAUAAUCUCUCCUACAGAGGAUAUUGUUAGCUUGAGAUCGAUGCACUCUACUCAGAUAUAGAUGCGUUUUAGUUCGUGUGGACUCUGAUGAUGCCUUUCAGGAGUUACCCUGGGCUUUGCUUUUCCCUGUGGCAGGGUGGGUAUAUUUGUUGUUGUUUUGAAGUUCAGUGCAAAUAAGACACGGGGCGCACACAGAUCCGAGGUGAAAGAGGGAGCAAGGAGGCUGCUGCCUGCUAAUUGCUGGCUGAUGUGGGAAAAGCCAGAGGAAGCAUGGGGCGUCUUCCUGCCUGCAGCUCGCAUCCUUGUCAGUCCCGUAACUAGGCACGCACAGUGACAAACGGCAUUUCUCGCAGAAGCGGCAAUGCGCGCAGGGAGUGCUCUGAACGGGGGAGUUUUUGGGGGAUGCACUCAGGGAACACCUGAGGAAACAGCAAGAGCUCCAUUUUCCGCGUUCAGAGCUCUGUACCGUGCCGUUCGUGCCAACUUUUCAACCGUUACCUGGACUCGGCUCGCUGCAACGCAGCGUCGGGCUACGGGCGAGCCGUGCCCGGGGCGGGGCAGCGCUGACAGCUUCCCGCCCGCCCAGAGCAGCCGCGGGCAGAGCCGUGACCAACAGCAGCCCGUUGGCUGAGAAAACUUUGAGGUCUACUCUGUGAGCGGCUCUAGGAGGCUUUCUAGGAAGGCGUAGAGCUGUGGGUGCGUCCCAUCCGAAGUGCCUCGGGGCGGGCGUCGUUUUGCGGCCCCCCGCUCCGUCCUCCUCAGCGGACUGCGACUUCCAGCGUGCAUUGCGGCCCGGCCGAGCUGCGGCAGGUGGCGCGCUGCCUCACGGGAUUUGUAGGCGGAGAGGCACGGAAGGGAAACGGAGCGGGGGUGGGCGAGAAGUUACCGCGGGGCUUACUGGCGGCCCGGUUACCGAACCACGCUCUGCUGGGGCGGGGAGGGGUCGAGCCCGGAAGGCGGGAAGAUGAAGGAGGGCGUGACGUCUCGAGGACACGUGUCAAUCACUCCGCCAGGCGGCGCGCGCGCUCCCCGCCCCGGAUGCUGAAGGGGGUUGGGGGGGGCGCGGGCACGCGCUCGCUGAGGCGGGAGGGGGGGAGUCGGGGGAGCGCGCGGCUCUUCUGGGUGGCGCGCGCGCUCGUAUGUAAAUGAGCGGGCGUGAGGUCAGAGGCAGAUGGAAAAGGGAACAGACAGAAUGGCCGCCGCGGCUCCCGCUCCUCCUGCCGCCGCCUCCCAGUGCCGGAGCCCCCGCUGCACGGCGGAGCGUAGAGGAGUCCGCCGCGAACUCGACUCCUGGCGGCACCGGCUCAUGCACUGUGUGGGUUUUGAAAGUAUUUUAGAAGGGCUUUAUGGACCAAGGCUACGAAGAGACCUCAGUUUAUUUGAAGACUGUGAGCCAGAAGAGCUAACUGACUGGUCUAUGGAUGAGAAAUGUUCCUUUUGUAAUUUACACAAAGAAACAGUCAGUGAUCGUGCAUCAGUUAUCGGUUCUUCACAGUCAACGCCUACAGAGGAACUUUCAUCUCAGGGCCAGUCCAACACUGAUAAGAUUGAAUGCCAAGCAGAAAACUAUCUAAAUGCACUCUUUCGAAAGAAAGAUCUUCCUCAGAACUGUGAUCCUAACAUUCCCCUAGUUGCUCAGGAAUUAAUGAAAAAAAUGAUCCGCCAGUUUGCAAUUGAGUACAUUUCAAAAAGUAGCAAAAUUCAAGAGAACAGAAAUGGUUCAUCAUUUGAACCGAGUCUGAUAUGUAAAAGUAUCCAAAUGAACCAAACGGAAAACUCCCUUCAGGAAGAGCAGGAUAGCCCUCUAGACCUCACUGUGAAUCGAACUCAAGAACAGAAUACUCAGCAAGGGGAUGGAGUGUUAGAUCUCUCUACAAAGAAAAACGCAAGGUUGGAAGAGCCAAAAUACGAUCCCUUGUGUUCUGAAAACUCGGUGUCUGGUUCAAGCUCAACAGCUGAUGCAAAUUCAGAGGAAACUACUAGUUUGGAAAAAGGAAAAUCAGCAUUAAACAAAGUUUUGGAGACUUUUUGUUCAUAUCACUGGCAACAGACUUUGGCUAUGUUAAAAUUUUUAAUGCAAGAUGAAAGCGUUCCUAUAGUUUGCAGUUGCAAACAAACAUAUUCAGUCCACUCUGAAACUCCCAGUUUCCUUACUGAAGAAGAUGUUCAUGUUUCAUUUUGCAAUUGCAAAGGACAUAUGAUAACAAAAAGUUGCUGUUUACAAAAUCAAAUACCAAACACUUAUUUACCACCUCUGCCUAUCUGUAUUAAAGAUUUUCAUUCUUUGUCAUGCCAAGCUGUAGCGAUUGGAUGUAUUAAGACCAUGGUGAACAAAGCAUGUAGUUCUAAGUAUUGUGCUGAACAAUUGCAAAAUUCUACCAAGCAUUCUGUGAAAGCAGUAGCAUGUGCAUCUUCAAUUAAGGACUGUGACCUGUUAAACAGCAUUAAAAAUUCAAGUAGAUCUCGCAGCCCGUCACCACCACCACUGUCACCUGUGCAGAAUAAAGAAUUUGAGACAGUGGAAGGAUCAAUUAUGGAUUUUCCAAUUUUAGACAAUAACAAGCCUGAAAUAUCCAUCAACCAGCCUCCAUACCUAUUGCCAGCUGAAGGAAGCAAUGGAGAAUUUGAAUAUGAAAACAAAACAUGUGCAGAAAAAGUGACUGGAUAUUCAGCUGGAACAUUGCAGUCAAUAGAUGAAGAAAACAACAAUUACAUGAAUUCUGAGAAAGCUGAGAAAGGUGAAUAUUAUGCCAUUUUCCAAGAUUUAAUGGACCGUAUUAAUGAAAAAUUAAAAUCAAUAGACACUACAGAUAUAGCAGCAAAUCUUGUAAAAUUUUCUAGCAGUGACAGGGCACCAGAAAACGAUGUAAAAUUAGGAGACUUUAUAACCUCCCUUUUGCAUAAUGCUAAGGCAAGUGAUUAUAGUUUUAUGGAAUUACUUCACCAACAUGAUAAGCAAAUGGAAAAUAAAAUAAUCCAAACAAGAUUUCGGAAGCGUCAGGAAACUUUAUUUGCAAUGUAUAAUUCUCCUGAUUCACCGUAUAUUCGACGACAAUCUUUGCAAAUCAAGAGGCAGCUUGCAAGCCUUGAUGAAACUUUUGUAAGAAAAAAGUCAAUUUCUGAAAGAAAUGCAAAGAAAUCUGCAAAGAAUUUUGAUAAGAUAUACCCAAACAAAAGGCACAGGUUAACUGUGAUAGAAGAUAAAGAUUUGCAAUGUCUUGAAAGUAAUCCUUGUAUGAAUUGCCAUACCAAACAAGUAUGUUUUCCAGUACACCAAACAGAGUCUUUCAAACUACCUCUUGCUAAUUUUCAAACCAGCUCUGACUUUCUAGUUCUUUCAGAAGACAGUGCUUUUGCAGCCAACCAGGCUAACUCUGCAAAAACUCAAGGAAAUUUUGCGACUCUAAAAGAGACUGAUCAGCUUUCUUUGCAUGGGGAUAAUAACGGAGCUCCGGGCAGAGCUAAACGCAACAUUGUGCCUCCUGGAUGGUACUCUGUGUAUGUAACAAACAAUAUUGUAUUCAGAAAAUCAUCUGAUGCAAAGAAGUCUUUAGAAUGUUUGGAAAAAAUGCAAAUAACUGAAGAUGUCCAUGCUGAAAGAUGCAGUGAUGUAAAUAUAAGCAAAAUUGUGAGAGACACGAAUCUGCAAGUUGUUGUAGAGCGUUUAGAAGACACAAUUAACUUAGCUAAAAAGGCUAACAGCUCGUGGUUGAGUAGUUACAAAAUAAGCCAAAAAGUAAAAGAUAGUGCUUGUGAACAGGUUAUGAAACCACUUGCUAAAAGAGACUUCCCUUUCAGUGCGGAUGAAAUGGAAUGCACAGGACAAAACUUCCUUCCACAUUCACAUUUGUCAACCAGCAAUAAAAACAAAACUCUGUGUGUGACAACAAGCAAGCAAGAAAUGAUUAUAGAUCGAGAAAUUAAUGACAGCCUUUUGAAGUCUCUGAGCAUUGAUUCAUCUAGUUCAGCAUCAAGCAAUGAGGCCUUGCAUACAACUUCUGAAGCUAGGGAAAUACCAUCUUCCUUAAGCUACUCAAGUCCUGUUAAGCUUAUGUUUGUUUCAGAGGUUAAUAGCAGUGAAGGCAUCAAAUAUACUUUGACAUCUGCAACUACGUCUUCUAAAGGAAGCACAGAUAUUUGUUCAUUUCAGGGGUACACAAGCAGUGUGUUAGACAAAGAGACCACAGAGAAUCUUUCUCAUGCAAUCUGUGUCAGUGAUCUUGAAAACAGUGCCAAGGAGGAAUCAAGUUGUGUUUGUGAGGAAGCAAUUACAAGCUCCUGUGCAGUUGGUCAAACUAACUUAAGUGACUCAAAACAAAAUGAAAUAGUGGAGAAAUCAAGCAAUAGUGGUGAAUCUGUUUUAAAAAGAAAGCCUGGUAGACCAAAGAAAAUAGGUCCUCAAGUUGUUAAGCAGGUUAAGAGACCUAUUGGGCGGCCUCCAAAACCAAAAGUAGAUAUAACUGAAAGGAGAGAAUGUAGAGCUGAACUCAACAGUGAGGCUAAAAGUACCAAAUCUGAUGCAUCAGUAAUGGAAGAAGUUAAUAGCAACAAAAAUAUCACUGUGACGGUUGUUUUUGGAAGGUCAAGAAGAACUAAAAGACAUGUUUCUGAAGGUAAUGUUAUCAGCACUCUGCCCAGAGAACGGGUUGACUUCAGUUUUGCCAAUGACCACAGCAAAGUGAGGCAUAGCACAGAAACUGAAAAUGCUUUGACUGAAAUAGUGAAAGCCUUACAGAAUUCUUCUACUGAAAAUGAGGUCUCUGGUUAUGACUAUGUUAGACCUAUCAAGAGCAACCUAGCAUCACCACAUCCUUGCAGCAAUAUUAUACGGCCAGUAAAGAAACCGUUAACUACCAUUCGAAAACCUGGUCGGCCAGCAAAAGUAAAAAUCUCUGGCAUAUCUGUGACUGUUAAUAGAGUUUCACCUCAGGAAAGAAAAGUGAGCAUUAGCAACUGUUUGCCUCCUUUACAACAGCAGAACUUGUUAGAAAAAAACAUAUCGCAGGAGAGAAACAAUCAGCUGUGCAAUAACUUGAGUCAAGUAAAGAGUGUGCAGAAAGAUUCUAGAGAAGAUGGAUCAAACAGUGUUAUUACAACAUUGUCAAGAAAACGUGAGAUUCCAUUGAGACACUCUGUUAGAGACAGAAAGCCCUCAUUGCAUUUCUUACAUUCAUUAGCAUCCUCUAGUGCAUUUACUUGUAGAAGUGCCUUGCUGCAUAAAUCUUACAAACUCCAUUUGAGAAAAGCUAAAGAUCAAAAGGAAAAACGUAGGCAAUCAAAUCAGAGCAUAACAUCCACAGAUACCUCAGAAAUGAGAAAUUCAGAAAAUUCAGAAAAGAAUCUUGAGGACAGUGAUUUUGGGCCCAUUAAUGAUGUAUCAUCGGAUCCCAUUUUUUCAUCAAAGCCUUCUCUCAGGUGGUGGGCUACUUCUGCUUCAAGUGACACUUUGAUGGAAGAACUAAAUAAUAGAUUUGAACAGAUAACUAAUACCUGGCUGCGAGUGGGGGGAAAUGAAUUUGAUAAAUGUGUAUGUGAAAACAGGGAUCCCACUGAACAAGACUGUAACAGUGAAAUGUCAAACCCUUUAGAUUCCUGCCUUGUAGAAAUUGAAACAUCACCUAUAAAAAUGCUUUUUCAGAAAAAGUGUAACAUGAAUGAACUCUGCACCUGGUUUAUGCAAACUACAGAAACUCAGUCUCUCUCACUAGUGAGAAAGGCAAAUGCUCGCAAUCCUUUAGAAGUAGUUAGUACUAGAGAGAUAAAGAUGGAAACUAAGCAAUCUGAUCUUAGUACUUGCCUUUUCAGAAAGCACUUUAAAAAGUUUGCACUAUCCUCUCCUUCAAAACCAGCAGGGAAAUUACAAAUAUUACAUAAUAUGGUGAGGUCUCCAGUCCUAAGCAUGAAAAAUAAUUUCGCGUUAGCCAGAUUAAAAAGAAAUGAAUUUAAAAAGUUACAGCAUGAUAGGUGGGGACAAACAAAAAAAAAGCUGUAUAGUCAGGCUCCUGGAGGCUGGAAAUCGAAAAAGAAAAAUUUACAGUUUUUUUGCCAAAGCCAGUUUUUUAAAAGUACAAGUGGGGAAAGCAGUGAUGGAAUGCCUGUGCUCCAGGAAAAAAAUACAGUAGAAAUCCAGCCCACUCAAACUUUGGUAGAAUCUCAGAGUAGCCUCUUGCCAACUGAGAAUGAAGCCAGAGAUGCAUUUGUUCAACAGAUGAUGGGAUCUUCUGACUUUAACCCACAUCCCGGUUUAGCAAACAUUCUUAAGUCACAUGCAGAGACAAAUGGAACAAUUUGUUGCCAACAAAAUGUUAGAAAAGGACAAAGCCAAGAUAAACUGUUUCCAAAUACAUGGAAAGCCAAAACCUUUAAAGAUUGUAGAAUAUUUCUGAGAAAAAUCAACCAUAUUGAGCAGCACAAUUCGUUUAAGUUAAAUAAUGUCAUUUAUUCUCCUGAAGCUGUUGAAAGUAAAAGUCAUCAGGCCUAUUUGGAAGAGAAAAGACACCCUCUUUUGAGGUCCCAUUCUACUAAGCAAAACACAUUAAAGAAACAAGAGAAUGAAAUGGAAACACCUAAAGGAUCUAAUUCUUCUAAAGUGACUGAAAGACUGGAUGACCAGUUUCACAGCAGAGAAUUAAGUAGUGGUGUAAACCAUGAUGAUAAUCCUGCUGGUAGUUCUGAAGUUCUUAUCAGAAUAAACAAAAGAAAAAGUCCACAAUGGGAGACCACUGAUACAAAUGUAAGAAAAAGGCAUAAGAGACAGUCAUACAAUAGUGGACAAAUGGCAGCUUAUUACCCAAAGUGCCAAGUAGGUAAGUUCCUGUUCCCCCCCUCACCUUAAAUUGCAAUCUUAAAUAAUUAGAGAGGUCAAACAACUAAGCACUUUGGAUUUUUUUUUAAUUAUAUUCAUAUUAAUUUCAGAGUAGUAAUGAAAUUAAACAUAGCAGAAUAAUUCUGAAAUGCAAAUUCGAUACAUAUAAAAUAUUUUACGCUAAUUUUUCAAUUGUAAUAGGCUUGUUACAUUCUUCUAUGGCUGUAGCAUGGCAAGGUGAAAGGAAAAAAGCUAAGUAAUAUAGUCCAGAGAGACAACAAAUCAAUUCUGACAUAUUGAAGUCGGUGGCAGCUGGUUAUUAAUUUCAACGUGAAGAAUUUCAUUCCACAGUAUAGCUUCUCAUAUUCUGAGGAAGGGUAAAUUAUAAAAUGAAACUCAAUUUAUUAACCAACAGAGUUGUUUGAAAACAAAACUUUUUUUUUUGUUGCUUAAGUAUUUCUAAUGUAAAUCUGUAAUGGUUUUGUAAUUAAGUGGUAAAAAAUAGCACUAUGUACUUCUGAGAAGUAUUCGUUCAGAGAUCCGUUUUAGUAUCCAUUCAAUGCCAAAUGAAAUAUGCUGACUCUAAAGGGUUUGUGCAUUGAAUCCUUACAGAACGAUUUGAAAUACGAAAUUAUUCUAGUCAAGUACAGUAUACAGUUAUCAUGCUGAAUGAAUUUGUUUGGAAUGUUUUUAGGCUAGUGUGAAUUCAAUCUAUUUUUAAAACUAGAUAUUUAUAAUACAUUGUUAUACAACUGUGAUCUCAGAAAGGCUGAUAUAUGCUUACAAAGAGGGUACACUUGUGAAAUUAUUUCUUCUGUGAUAUGAAGAAAUCUGCUUAACCAGAAGUCUCAACUAGUUUCAAUAAAAUAACUAAGCUGUUAGGUAUCCACAUAAGCAGAAAAAGAGUUCUGCGGAAGGAAUUCAGUUACUGCAGAAAUACCUGUUUUUAGAAACAACCCUGUAUGAGCUAGUCUGACUUUAUUGCCCAAAGAAUAAAGAUAAAAUUCGAAACAUCAGAGCAAAAUCUUAUGUCCCCCUUUGUAUUCUAUUUUGUAGAAAACUAUCCCAGAUAAUAAACUGAGGUAUUAAUUUAAGUUGUAAUAUAAACAGUAUUAUGGCUCUUUGUAUACUUUGUUUCUUUUGUACUUUAUGUAAUAUACAAUUCUUCAUAUUAAGCUCAUUUGUUGUAAUCAUACAGUGCUUUUCUGAGGUACAGAUUUUUUUACAUUUAUACUAUUAUUUUUAACUUACUGAUUUGGGGCCAAAUAACAUAAAGGAAAAACCCAACUUGUUUUUAAGAAGUUCAAAGUUUGACACAAGGUUGCUAUAGAAAAAGCUAGAACUAGAAAAGGAAAGAGUAGCAUCUACUUGUUUCUUUUUACCAAUGAAGAAAGAGCUCUCUCUUCUUUUUAUUUUGUAAUUUUGACUAUAGUCAAGAAAAUUUUGCAUUCAAUUUAUAUAUUUAAUUUUUUUCUUGCUAUAACAAUGUAAGACCUGUUACUGUGAUAUGGACUCAUGUUAGUUUUAAUUGGGACUCUAUUUUAUUUACCUGAUAACUUUCCUCUCAUAGUUUUGGAUCUUUGGAAAAAUCUGAUAACUAUUUUACAUUAUUUCAUUUACAAUUUUUGUUUAUUUUCCCUCAUAGUUAAUCAUAUCAAUUGUUGUCUUUAGAAUGGAUAUAACAGAAAGUUCCUCGAUAAAGGAAAUGUUAAAAGAGAAAAAAUUACAAUUCUGGAGCUUUCUCCAUGCUUGUAAAUCUGUCUUUUUUCAGGGUACUGUUUUGGUAUAGAAAUUGUCUUGUUUUGGCAUGUUGAUUCAACAUUGUGUACUGUCUGCACUAGCUAAGGAAAUCAUAAAAAUAUUUUUAGUCUAGCAUGUAGCUACUGGCUAAAAAGAAGGAACAUGAUUUCUAGCUGUGCAUGCAUGCAUUUUCAAAUGUAGUUCCUGCAUCUGGAAGUUUAAUGCACAUGAAAGCAUCAUUACUUGUUCAUAUGUUCUUUGGAUUGUAUUUUUGUUGAUGUGGUAUCAUAAUUUAUAUCAUCAUUUUGUUGCCAUGCUUGAAAUGUUCUUAUGGUGACACAGUCAAUAUUUAAAGUUUUUCUUCAAGUUUUUCUGAUCUUGGUGUAUUCUUAAAAGAUGGAGGUAUUGUGAUGCUGGUUUAUUAUGAAGCAUUGUGGCAAGUAGGCAGAAUGUUGUCAGAUUUUGAUAUAGUCAAUUUUUGUUAAAACAUACUAGUGAAAUUGCCAACUGAGUUUUUACAGUUCAAGGUAGUAUCAAGAAACAAGAACUACACUACAUGCAGUCAAUGUAGCAAGAGAAGAGAAUGAAUCAUCUUUUUUUUUUUUUUUUUUACACUAUCUUUUUUAUUCAAAAUGAGGUUUAAUGAGUAAUAAACAACACCUCGAUUUCUCAACUGUUGCUUCAACAAUGCAUUUAUGUGUCAAGGACAAUUCCUUUCGCUGUUGAUAUAUGUUGUGAUCAUUUAAAUUACUUUUUGUAAGAACACUGAAACAUGUUUUCUUUGCCACCACAACAGUAAAUUGUGUUAAAAAUCAUUUAGGAGAGCAUUUAUGUUUCUUUCCAUGAGGAUGGUUCAGACCACACUCAUGUGCUUUGAAGUCCACCAAGCUUAAUCUUAAAAGCUUCAGUAGAGCCAAGCUGAAAUGAGAGAAACUAUUAUCGUUCAAUAAAAUGGAAUACAAUAAAGGACUAUAAGAAUAUAAUUAAUAUAUUGUUAAAAUAUAUAUGCAUUUAUCAGAGCUGAAAAGGAGAUCAUAGACCUCCUGCAGUAGCAGGCAGUAUUGCAUGCUGUGAUGACGUGACAUACCUGUCCUCUUAGCCUUUGUAUCGGGCUGGGAUUUCACACAGAAGAGGUUUUAAAAGUGUGUUCUGAUAAUAAUACUGCUUUUCUGCUAAUAGUCUGGAGUUUCAGAGAAAAAUUCUAAUGUAUCUUGUUGGCAGGGAAUAUAAAUUUUUGAUUUUGAUUUUUCAUUAUAUUUGAAUGAUGUUUUAAUAUACCUUAUUGAGAUCAAGUUAGCUUGACACUUAAAAUGAAGAUUUGCUAAUCUUUGUAGUCAUUUCGAAGUUGACUUCAGGAGUCAUGAAUCACACUGAAAACUAGAUACUUUUAUGAGUCAAAUUGUUCUCUUGAUUGUUUGUGUAAGAUAACCUCUUUAUUAUUAUGACAACAAACAAAAUUUUCCUCAAACAAGACUUCCCUUGACAGACUUAAGUUUUUUUUUCAAACUGGGAGGCAAUGCCGUGUGAACCCUUUGUACGCAUGAGUAUUAGUAUGGCAUUAAUAUUCCAGUAUUGUUGCUUAUUUGACUUACAGUGGUCCAGUCUUCAGAGAAGACUAUACAAUGUGAAUAACCUCUACUGCUGUAGAAGGUAUUGCAAUGACCUAGUGAGAAAACCAAGGUUUUUAGGAAGUCUUCCCAGCUCUCUCUUUCACAAAGGAGAAUGUUCUACAUUCCCAAUACAGAACAAAUGUAAAAUAUUAGAUGAGGUAAAGUGCAAGAGACAAACCAAAACAAUCAUUAAAUCUGCUGAUUUUAAGAAACACUUUUUAACAGCCAUAUCUUAGCUCUUUUCUCAAAGGCUUUUCAUGAAAAGUACUUAGCUUCAGGAUGGCGCAGAUGGAAAUUUUCGUAACUGUAAUUCCAAAACAGUAAGUUACUUUUUCACACAGACAUGAAACAAAGUAAGAAAAUUGAUUGAAAGCAUAGAAAAAGUAGUGAAAAGAAUGACUACUCUCAUUAAGUGGACCAUUUUUAAUGCAGAAGUGCAGACUUGAUUUAUAAUUGACUACAUGUGUGUUAUAAAUCCUGCCUCAUUUAUUUGACUUAAUGAUCUCUGCCUCAUCCCCCGGAACACAGUAGUGGUGGCUCUAAUACCAUGGUCUGAUGCUUCAGCUUCUUUUACACCACGAAUCUCCAUAAUCCAUGAGCAGUAAUGUGGUCCUUCCUUCUCUUGGCCUUCUCUCCCAUCACGUGACCUAGUGAACAGAACCACUUGCAAGUUGAGAAAUGUUGGGUGCUGUUUUAAGUUGUGAUCAUUUACAUAUCACCUUGGGAUAUGCUGUCUGUCAUGCUUUUUUUGAAGGUUCUGAACUUAUUUGAAUGGAAAACUUAUUUCAAAGAACACAACUCAAGACUUCCAUUUCCUUCACCUGGCAGGAAACUUCAGUAGUGUAAUGUUGUGUUCACUGUGCUUUUAGGUAGGAUCUAUAUUCCUAGUUUUACAAAGAUUUUUUUCUUUUCAUUUCAUUCAGUAUUGUUGCAUCAUAUCACUUUAAUUCAAUUUCCUCCAAAACUGGGAACUUCAUGCUUUCUUAUUUGUUCUCAAUUCAGAAUAAAGUGAUAGAUUUUUAGCUUUGCAUAGAGAAUUGAUAACAACAUCUAAAUGUAUCUUUAUGUUUUUGCUUAGUCCGUUCUCAGGAACAGAAAUUAGUAGUUUUCCUAGCAGUUUUGAAGAUAUGAUGAGUACUCAGUGGUCUUUAAUUACACUCAAAAAAGGUAUAUUCUGGAUUUAGAAAGUAAGGGGAAGACUUACGGUGCCAAUAAGACUGAGCUAUUCUUUGCAUGUAUUCUUGGGUAGAUUUUCCCUCCUCUUUCAUCCAAGGAGAGCCAGUCAACAGGCUCGCCUUGGAUGAUCAAAUCCUUCUUCAGAUUUUCAGGUCAAAUAUACUGCUGCAUUAAUUACCAGUUCAUCCUUUAAAAAGCACUGUCUUUUCAUUUUGCUAUAACUGCAGAACUGUGCUUUACAAACAUUGUUUAAACAAAAAUUGGAAGUAAUAGAAGUUAUUCUUUUUUUUUUUUUAAUGUUUCAUUAGCAGUACUCUAAGCACUGUUUGCAGUGCUGUGUAGAGUUGUGAAGAAUCCUAUGAACUUAUCUGAAAUUUUGUUUCAAUUUAGGUAAACACUUAGAUGCUAUUAGAAAUUACAUUUCUGUUUUUUUUCAUGUUCCUUCUUAAUUGAAUUUGUUCUGUAACUAGGUAGUAAUUUAUAAUAAAUAAAUUCAGGGUGUAUUUUAAGGACAGCAUUUUCUUUAAGGCAGCAGCUCUUAUUUUCAAGCUGUAUGUUUGUGAAUGCCAAAACAAUUUUGCAAGAGCUGCAGAAUUAUCAGUCCAAUUUCAUUCUAUUUUUUAACUGCUUAUUUUUCAUUGUGUUCAGCUGUUCUCUAAUUUUUCUCUUAUACCUGAUAGAUUUGUAAUAUAUAUAAACAGGAGUUCAGCCAGCCUUCAUCAUAGAUUUCUUCAAAUCCAAGCAUGGAAAAUCUUUUCUGAGUACUUUUUAAUCCACCUUUUCUUAACAGGAGGUAAUUUUUAUUUUUUUCCCUGCAGAAGAAAGAUACAUGUCUUUUCCAAAGCAGACAUAUACGCAGGCUUUGUCUUCCUAGCUCCAUGCUUUUGGGCAAACAGCUCUGGACACCUCAGAACUCUAGAAAACAUUCUGUUUGUACUCUUGUGGAAUAGAACUAGGAAUUUAUGUCUCUCUUUACGUUUUUUCUUAUCUGAACAAAGGGGACCUUUUACUGAUGAUUUCUUGCACAUUGUAGAAAUGUAUCACGUUCUAGAUUGUUCUUCAGUGUUCUCUGGUAUAAUGGUAUCUGUUGCUCUAUUAAGUAUAAAUCUAUAGCUAUUAUGAAAUUCACGUUUUCUGGGAUCUAAGGUUGUUUUCUGUAUUCUGUUGUUCUUCUUGUCAGCCUGGCGGCUUUCACUUUCUUCUUUAACUAGUCAAACUUGACAUCUGUCUGCAUUCAUCUCUAUCCGUUUCUUACCAAAAAUUGAAAUGCAGACAUACGUUUCACAAAUGUUUCUUUAAGUGGCUCUGCCAGCUCACCCCUCUCCAUCCUCUUACUUCACGCUCCUUUCAGUCAUACGGGUGAAAACCUGUGCUUUUGCCUUUUGUCAUGGUGUGUCCAUAAGAUGGACAAGAAGCCUGAUUUGGUUCUUGCUUUUUCUUCAGUGAUGACCAAGGUUAGCCUUGUCAAUAGAAACUGUCUUAAUGGAACACUUCACAUAAAAUCUUUUCAAGGGCAUACACCUAUUCAUUUCUACUUGGUUUUGAAGGUUUUAGAUAAGUUGCAUACUUUUAAGCCAUUAGUGAGUAACAUGAUUACAUUCUUCAUGUUUUUCCAAGCAGUUGUUAGGUAAGUACUCUAAUUUUUUGUUUUUACUUUGUAGUUCAAGGUGAAUAUUUCUAAAUAGUGGUCCUGCUGGGGAAUUAGACUGAAAGUUCCACAUAUCUUGUUAGAAUACUCUCAGAUGUAAAGACUUAGGGAGGUCAGUCUCUUAGGAUGGAUGUUCUCACAGGUUCCUCUUACCAUCAUGUAAUCAAGAGAUUAUAUUUGGCAUUUUACUGAUACAGGCUUGCCCUCAAGCUUGUACAUUUCCAACCAUUAAAAUCUUGAUUAUUUGCUUAAAAUAAUGGAUUAUUUCCUGUAUAUGAAAUAUAAGCCUAGCAGAAAAAAUCGAGGAAAUGAAAUACAAUAUGACGUCUUUCUUACUCAAAAAUCAAAAGUAGUCUGACACUCACUUACAUGGUGCUUUGUCCCAAAUUUUGGGAAAAGCAUGUACUUAAAGUUAGAUUUCAGUGUUCUUAAUGAUCUUAUUGAUUGUUACUGCAAAGUACACACUUGUUUUUUAAAUGUAAGUAGCUUAUUUACGAAGUGAACAAAGAGGUAAGAGCUAUAGGUAAGGCGUCCAUUGUUAAAAUUGGGGUGGAGUUGGUUACCUGUGUUUCCAGUUACAGAUAUUUGUUUUUUAAAAAAUUUCUUCUUUGGCACAUUUGUUAUUGAGUGCAUGUCCGCAGCUCGCUAUACACAGCUGUUUUAAAAUUAUAUUUAAACAGUAGAAAUCUCAGAAAAGGAAAUUACUAAUUUGCAAAUUAUUGUCUGACCUUCCUUAAUUCAGAAGCCUGGAGCCUUGUAAGUCGCACAGGGACUGUCACAUGUUUCAGAGAUGAUCUCCCUCCAUAACAUAACUGCGGUUUUAAUGCCAAAAAAAUAUUUUGAAUUAAAGAUUGGAGAUUAAGCCAAUUCAAAUAACAAGAUAUACGUUGUUGUAUUCAUCAUAGUUUGGAGGUGGUGGUGUUCUGUUUCUGUGGACAACAACAGCCCAAACCAACAUCCUCAGUUGUGAACGUCCAACACCAAGCCCCAACAUCCAGCCUUGUACAAAUGCAUUUUCAGUAUGAAUAAGUACAGUUAAAAUAGCAAACACGUAUGUUAUAACAUGUUUCUAAAGAAAACUGCACAACAGUUUGGGUUUUUUUUUUAGUUUUUACUUUUUAGUUCUAUUUUGUUUAAAUUGAUUUGUAUGCUGCUAGCUUCCAGUAGUGCUUAGAAAUUGUUUUCUUUUGUGGAACAGAGGCAAACUUGUUUCACAACAGUGCCUAGAUAGAUACUAAAAAUUAAUGAUGUUCCUCAUGAAAUGAGUGAUGCUCCCUUCCAGCUGUUAGGUUAUUAGCUAGUUUUGCUUCUAAGGUUUUUCAACGACAGUAUGCUAUGAAAGAUUAGAGACAGGACUAUUUUUUCCUUAAAAAGAUUUAAUAGUAACACAAAAAUGCUUGAAAAUUGUAUCGCAUCUUUAUAUCAUUUUGGUGACAGUUUAUCCUAAUAUUUUGCUUUCUUUAAGAAUUCUGUGCUCUGUGCCAAAUAAUGUGUAUCACCACAAAGCAUAGUGGUUCUUCUAAAAAAAAAAACCCUAAAAACCACAGUACUAGAUAACUCAAGCUGCUUUAAACAAACUCUUAGUUAUUUUUCUCAUGUAUCUCAUAUGUAUUUACUUUGUUUUCUUUGAUUUUAUGCACCCAUCCUGGUUCUGACUUCUCACACAGUAUUUUGGCCUCAGUUCACUUCCAGUCUCACUUUCGUUUACUGUUUUAUUUUCCUUAGCAUUCCAGCUGUGUUAAAUACAACUCACAUCUCAAUUUUAGAUCACUCCCUUCAUAUUGGCUAUCUCCCCAACUUCCUGAGAUCUGGUUGGGUGUGCCAUCUGUUUUCAGGGCACUUCUCUCUCACGCAUUAGCAAACACAAUUCCAUUCAUUCACUUGAAAAAUAUUUAUUUCUUAUUACGAUGCGAACCCAUUUGAUAAAUGGAAAUGAGGCAUAAAGAACUUUCUGAGUACAUUUCUUAGAUGUUGCAUUUUGGCAUUGUGCGAAGAUGAGUUUAAAUUUCAGAGACAAUAAAUCUAACUGCAUGCUUGAUUUGCCUUUGUUUCAAUGUAUGUAGUGCUAGCAAAUCAGCCUCUGCUUGAAUGCAUGUCAAAGUACUGUAGUCACUGUGCAUUCAAGCUGUAUAGAUCUACUACUUCAUUUUCUGAGAAAUCGUUGAGUGGUUUGUACAUGUAUAACUUAAACAACAUAAAAUAUAUUCUAUUUCCACUCCAUUUUUUGAAUGCUCUGGCUAAAAGCCUCAUCGCUUUGUAUCAAGUGCAAUGUAUCAAGAAUGCUGGUAUGCUUUCUAAGGUAUAGAUCUGGACAUCAUUAAUAGUGUUGUUUUGUUUAACAAGUCUGAUUUGUAGAACUUGUGUCAGAUAGGAGAAUUCAAAAACAGACUGACAGCUCUCAGCCAAUCAGGGAGAUACAUUGUGCUAUGAAAUCAGUAUUGCUAAUGAUUAGAGAAACAUAACCCUGCAGCAACACUUGCACAGACAUUUUACAGCGUACAGAUGCACAACAUCUGAUGGUAAUCUCUGACAGUAAGUCUCCUAACAGAUAGCAAUUAUCCUUAUGCCUACUUUUUCUGUGUGGCCUUCACAUAUAGUAGGCAGAGGUUAACUAUACAAAUGCAUGCACUUCAGCUAGCCAGACUAUUUUAACUUUGUCAUUUUCAUACAAUAGGUGUCAUUUUCCUCUGGUUUUCUUCAGGAAUGCAGUUCCAAACUGCAAAGAGAAUAAAAAGCUCAAAGAAUAUUAUUCUCUUUUUGUGCUUGGCAGCCUAUCAUCUUACACAGAACUGCUCUGAAGUGCCAGCAGUAAGAAUCAGUAUUACUGUAACUGGAUGAUUGGGUAAAACUAAAGUAACAAAAGAAAACUUCAGAAAGAAAUACUUAUGUAUUUAAUGGAAACAUAAAUUGAAAGAGCUUUCUAUUUAAUUCCUUUUUCCUUAACAAUAGGAGAGAAAUGUAGUGGGGAGAAAGUCCUUAUAGGUCCUGGCAGGCCUGGAUACUUGGCCACAUAUAGGCUUUUCUGCAUAGAUAAGGCUGAGUAGACAGAUAGGACUUCAGAAUCCAUCAACAUUAAUUUAAAUUGUCUUCUAUGAUUUGUUAGAAUAGCAAAGGCAAUUGCUCUUCUCCCAGCAGUGCUGAAAAAGUGAAUUCAGAGUGAUUAGUAAAGGCAACUUGGGAAUUCAUAAAAUAAAAAUCUUGUGGUAUCAUCAGUGACAGCUUCCUAGAACCACUUGCUUCGUGCACCACUGCUGCCAAAGAAAGCCAAAGGGUCAUGAGGCAUCCCACCCCCCCUUCAGUGAUGAGGCAGAGCACAUCCAUAGUGACACGCAGCACCCAGCUUCUCCUUCUGCUCCACUGCUUCUACACUCACUUCCUAUAUUCAGAGUUAGAAAACUUCUUAAGACUGAAUGUACUCCUUGCAGAGUGGUGCUGUAGCACUCCAUGUGAAGAAGCACCUGUAUCCGACCUCCAAAACUUGCGUGCAUGGAAGCUGAGCGACUGAGUCAUUCUCACUUGGACAAAAAGAAAAUAGAUGAUAAUUGCUGUAAUAGAAAACAGAUGGCUUCAGAAUUGGGAAACUUUAACCUUUUCAGAGACUGACAUUUAAGAUCAGUAAAAUGUCUGUUUUUGUCAAGGCAUUUCACCUAAUGAAGUUAAAGGGAGCUCCAUCCUCCACCCAGUGCAUGCCUUGGAAGUGGAGGACACCAAAAGGAUAUAGAGAGGAGAUAAUGACCAACAGCCCAAUUCCAAGCUCUACUGAAAUAGGCUUUCUGGCUUCUGGUAGCAUCAGACUGUAUCCCACAGUUCUUCCUAGCAGAAGCAUCACUGUACAAAGCAUCUUUCUGACUAGAAAUGCGUUAUACACACCAAACUUUCAUAAGCAGAAUAGGACAAAAUUUAGAGUAGAAUAUGCUGAUGGAUCUGACUGGAGAAAUCCAACUGCUUCUAUUUAAUUUUUUUUAUUUAAUUCUAGUAUCUACUUAGAAAUGCUAUUGGAAUACAAAAUUGUCACACCUUCUAUUACAUCAACAGCUAGAAAAUAAAUCACUACAGGCAAAAGAACCAAAAGUGAGAUGAAAGACUAGGUUCACAUUGCUUAGAAAAUAUAUUAAUGCAUCUCUCUAACUUUAUUCUUUCCACUUUGCUUAUAUUAAGGUCCAACUCCUGGCUUCACACAAGACCACCCAAAAAUCGAACCAUAGUUCUGAGAGCACUGUCCAAAUGCUCCUCAGAGACCAGCAGCUUGGGACUUUGCCCACUGCCCUGGGCAGCCUGUUCCACAUCCUCAGCCUGUUCCUCCCCUGUGUUCAUCUGCUCUGUGCUGAAUAACCAAGGGAGUUCAGACACUGCUCAUGCAUCUUGCCACCUAGACCCCUUCCCCAUCUUUGUAGCCCUCCUUUGGACACUCUCUCACAGUUUUAUAUCCUUAUAUUGUAGCACCCAAACAUGCACCCAGUGUUCCAUGUGAGGCCACACAGCACAGAGCAGCCCUUCCCUCUCCUGACUGGCAGUGCUGGGUCUGAUGCCCCCCAGGGGAUGCUUGUCCUUUUGUCUGCCAGGGCACACUGCUGGCUUAGACUCCACUUGCUGUCAUCCAGAAGCCCCAGGUCCCUUCCCAGCCUCUCAUUCCCCAGUCGGGAUUGCCCCAUGGCAGGUACAGAUUCUACCACUUGCCAUUGUUGAACUUCAUGCACUUGGUGAUUGCCCAGCCCUUGAGUUGGCCCUCAAGGGCAUUUAUGUUCCUUUCAGCUAACCAGAACAAAACAAACAAAACCAAAAAACUCCUGCACUAUCACUUCAAUUAGCUGUUGAGUAUUUCAGUUGGUUGCUCAGAGAUCAAGUUUUAAUACCAGGCCACGCCUGGAAGGCAGCAAUACUUCAGAAGUAUUAUACUUCCUUCUCAUAUGUACUUAAUCCUGAGGCUUUGAUUUUCUUCACAGCGAGAGGGCAAAGUCUCAAAUCUGAAGAGGCUGUAAAUGCAAAAAUUUAACCGUACUGACUGAAGUCAUUCUCUGUCGCUUCCACCUGCAUGCUCUGUUUCCAGUGGGAAAGAAUUAAUCAGAGUAACAAAAACACAUGUAAACCAGAAAAGCUGUGAGGGAAAAAGGUGCAAAGGCAUAAACCAUACAAAGGAUCUCUCCGAAGAGUAAGGACCAACAAAAUACUGGCUGGGAAGCAGUACCCCAUAUUACAGAGGGUUAGGAAUGAGGAUUAGUAAAUUAGAAGUGCUAUGCAUGUUUUUUUGCAUUGUUACAAAGGCACAAAACUUUCCAGAGAGCUUGCAUAAAAAUGUAAAGCAUGAAAAUUGUAUUUCAAAUGAUCUGUGAAAAAUAUUGAAUUGCCACUUCAGCUGUUAAACAAGGUGUAAUUCCCUCUUGCCAUCAAGAGAGAAAAAGUUUAAUCUGCAUCAGCCAAUAGUAUUUAAGUAAUGCAAACCAAUACAUCUCAGGAUAGAGUCUUAAAACCACUUGGCAUCCUCCUACUGGUCACCCAUGGUAUAAGCAGUUUUGCUUAGGUCUUCACAUGUACAACAAACUUAAUUGUAUGAUUACAUAAUCAGUAACUAGAACUGCAGUGAACACUACAUGCUGCAGCACAUUCAAUCCUUGAUAAUCUGACUUAAACUCUGCAGUAGACCUGGCUUCCUGAAAUGCAGAAGAUGGGAUAUUCUGCUGCUUAAAGAUUCCUUUAACAGGAGAAAGUGGGUGCAGGUACUUUACUGCAUGAUUGUUACCUCCUAACCUUCAUUAUGAUACAUAGAAUUUCAUUUUUAGUAUCUCAAUAAUUAGAAAUAUUUCCCACUUUUUACCAAUCUUGCACUUCGAGAAGGAUGGUGAUGAGCAGUGUUGCUCAUGGGACAAAGAUCUCUGCAGUGAAGUAGAGUAGGGAUGGAGAGGUUUGAAAUUCAUUCCUUGAGGUUGUUUGUUGUUUUGAUUUGAUUUUGUUUUUCUUUCAUCAAGUGGUGGGACAGUAUUCCAAACUCUGCCUCUUUCUUUCCUCACCUGAGCAUGAACCACUGUAGUGCCUUAUAUGGCAACAUGGUUCAAUCCACAUUUAUGUCCUGGUUUGCUUAGCAUUCCCCACAGAGAACAGGGAUUCUUUUCCUUCUUCUAUUACUUACUGUCCUAGAUUUGUCUCUAUAUUAGUCUUUUUAUGACCAUACAAGCAUAAUGUCAUUAAAGACAAAAUAAUUUCUGCCCAUAUCCUGUUCUGUGGUUUUACAGUGGAUUUGAAUUAAGGAAGGCCAGGCUGCAGACUUCUGCUCCUAUGCAAAGGAAUGUUGGUGGCAGGAGUCUCACCUAGCACAGUCUCUCCAAACGAACAAAAUCAGCUGCUCCUGCACAAACAAGCCCCAUCCAGCUUUGCAACAUGGAGAACCGAGCACAGUUACGUUCUGGUCUGCUGGUUCCAUUCUGUUUCUGGAACAUACUGCAAUAAAACAAAAAAUCAUAAACCAGUAUAGGCAGCCUGCCAGCACCUCGCCUUUAUCAGUUUGCUUGUUUGCAGGGCAAAGAGGAAAGCAUACUAAACUUUCU